CCGUCCGGGAAUUGAGCUGGGGGUGUGGAACAGCCAAGAUGGAGCCCGCAGCCGGCAGCCCCGGCCCGCUCAUCUUGAACAACAAGCAGCCUCAGCCGCCGCCGCCGCCGCCGCCCGCCGCCGCCGCGCAGCCGCCGCCCGGGACGCCGCGGGCCGGCGCGGGCCUCCUGCCGGCGGGCAAAGCCCGGGAGUUCAACCGCAACCAACGCAAAGACUCGGAGGGCUAUUCCGAGUCUCCGGACCUGGAGUUUGAGUAUGCUGACACGGACAAGUGGGCGGCCGAGCUUUCAGAGCUUUACAGCUACACGGAGGGGCCAGAAUUCCUGAUGAACCGGAAAUGCUUCGAGGAGGACUUCCGCGUCCAUGUGACAGACAAGAAGUGGACCGAGCUGGACACCAACCAGCACCGGACCCACGCCAUGAGGCUCCUGGACGGCUUGGAGGUCACUGCCCGGGAGAAGAGACUCAGGGUGGCCCGGGCAAUCCUCUACGUCGCCCAAGGCACCUUCGGGGAGUGCAGCUCCGAGGCGGACGUGCAGGCCUGGAUGCGCUACAACAUCUUCCUGCUCCUGGAGGUGGGCACGUUCCACGCGCUGGUGGAGCUUCUGAACAUGGAAAUAGACAACAGCGCCGCCUGCAGCAGCGCGGUGCGGAAGCCGGCCAUCUCCCUGGCUGACAGCACGGACCUCAGGGUGCUGCUCAACAUCAUGUACCUGAUCGUGGAGACUGUUCACCAGGAGUGCGAGGGCGAUAAGGCCGAGUGGAGAACCAUGCGCCAGACCUUCCGGGCCGAGCUGGGUUCGCCGCUGUACAACAACGAGCCGUUCGCCAUCAUGCUGUUUGGGAUGGUGACCAAAUUCUGCAGUGGCCACGCCCCUCACUUCCCCAUGAAGAAGGUUCUCCUGCUGCUCUGGAAGACAGUCCUGUGCACGCUGGGCGGCUUCGAGGAGCUGCAGAGCAUGAAGGCGGAGAAGCGCACGCUGCUGGGCCUGCCCCCGCUGCCCGAGGACAGCAUCAAGGUGAUCCGCAACAUGAGGGCCGCCUCGCCGCCCGCGUCCGCCUCCGACCUGAUCGAGCAGCAGCAGAAGCGGGGCCGCCGGGAGCACAAGGCACUGAUAAAGCAGGACAACCUGGACGCCUUCAACGAGCGGGACCCCUACAAAGCCGACGACGCUCGGGAAGAGGAAGAAGAGAACGAUGACGACAACAGCCUGGAGGGCGAGACGUUCCCCCUCGAGCGGGACGAGGUGAUGCCUCCCCCACUGCAGCACCCCCAGACCGACAGGCUCACCUGCCCAAAGGGGCUCCCCUGGGCGCCCAAGGUCAGAGAGAAAGACAUUGAGAUGUUCCUCGAGUCCAGCCGCAGCAAAUUCAUAGGUUACACUCUGGGCAGCGACACGAACACGGUGGUGGGGCUGCCCAGGCCAAUCCACGAAAGCAUCAAGACUCUGAAACAGCACAAGUACACGUCGAUCGCAGAGGUCCAGGCGCAGAUGGAGGAGGAGUUCCUUCGCUCUCCUCUUUCAGGGGGAGAAGAGGAAGUCGAGCAGGUCCCUGCAGAGACACUCUACCAGGGCCUGCUCCCCAGCCUGCCCCAGUGCAUGAUCGCGCUGCUGAAGAUCCUGCUGGCUGCGGCCCCCACCUCCAAAGCCAAAACCGACUCCAUCAACAUCCUGGCCGACGUCCUGCCUGAGGAGAUGCCCACCACGGUGCUGCAGAGCAUGAAGCUGGGCGUGGACGUGAACCGCCACAAGGAGGUCAUUGUGAAGGCCAUCUCCGCCGUCCUGCUGCUGCUGCUCAAGCACUUCAAGCUGAACCACGUCUACCAGUUUGAGUACAUGGCCCAGCACCUGGUGUUUGCCAACUGCAUCCCUUUGAUUCUGAAGUUCUUCAAUCAAAACAUCAUGUCCUACAUCACUGCCAAGAACAGCAUUUCCGUCCUGGAUUACCCUCACUGCGUGGUGCACGAGCUGCCAGAGCUGACUGCCGAGAGUCUGGAAGCAGGCGACAAUAACCAGUUUUGCUGGAGGAACCUCUUUUCUUGCAUCAAUCUCCUCCGGAUCUUGAACAAGCUGACCAAGUGGAAGCACUCAAGAACGAUGAUGCUGGUGGUGUUCAAGUCGGCGCCCAUCCUGAAGCGCGCCCUGAAGGUGAAGCAGGCCAUGAUGCAGCUGUACGUGCUGAAGCUGCUCAAGGUGCAGACCAAGUACCUGGGGCGCCAGUGGCGCAAGAGCAACAUGAAGACCAUGUCUGCCAUCUACCAGAAGGUGCGGCACCGGCUCAACGACGACUGGGCCUACGGCAACGAUCUGGAUGCUCGGCCUUGGGACUUCCAAGCAGAGGAGUGUGCCCUCCGUGCCAACAUUGAACGCUUCAACGCCCGGCGCUAUGACCGGGCCCACAGCAACCCCGACUUCCUGCCCGUGGACAACUGCCUGCAGAGCGUCCUGGGCCAGCGGGUGGACCUCCCCGAGGACUUCCAGAUGAACUAUGACCUCUGGUUGGAAAGGGAGGUCUUCUCCAAGCCCAUUUCCUGGGAAGAGCUGCUGCAGUGAGGCUCCUGCAGAAGACCCCAGAGGAAGCGUGGUGUGUCCAGGCGCCCAGGGCCUGUCGCGGUUCCCUGCAGUGCGCCCAGCCCCCUCCAGGUGGCAGCACCUCCUCACUGUGCCCUCCCCAGACCACUCUGGGCUUGGCCUCUGGUUGAUCCCAGCAUCCUGUCUGGGAGUAUCAUCUCUGCUUGCCACCCUCUCUCCAUUCCUCCUACCCUCUGCCUCGGACAUGGGUGGCUGCAGCUCAUUUCUCAUUCAGCCCAAGGCUGGGAAGAGCUGGGAUAGGCUGGGGUCCCAUCGCAUCUGAAUUUCGGGGCUCACGCUGACUCUUCUUGAGACAUGCAGAUCCUUGGCAGACCCAGCUUGCCUAGGAGGACACAGCAUUGGGGCCGGGGCCAGAACGUCAGUCUGGUUUUGCUUUUGGGGUUUCUGAUGUCAGUCCAGCCUCGCGCUGAGUUUCCUCCAGAAGCAGCUGCAGAGGCCCCUGCGGCUCCCUCAGCUCUGGGCUUGGACAGGGUGUGGGGGAAGAGAAGCUUCCCUCAGCCAGAGGUGCUCUUUCCCUCUCGAUCUGCAAGGUCUGUAAAUACCUAUAUAUAAACCUGUGUGUAUCUCUUGUGUCACGUUGGGGUUUUUAAUGUGUUUGUGCAUUCUGUUUACAUUAAAAGGAAGUAAAAGUAA